UGUGCUGCAGGACUGAGCCAUGGGGAAGGCGACACCAGGGAGUGUCUGUACUACAACGUCAACUUUGAGAUUGAGAAGACCAAUCAGAGCGGAGUGGAGCGAUGCGAGGACGAGAAGGACAAGCGCUCGCACUGCUACGCCUCCUGGAGGAACAACUCGGGCUCCAUCGAGCUGGUGAAGAAGGGCUGCUGGCUGGACGACUUCAACUGCUACGACAGACAGGAGUGUGUGGCGACGGAGGAGAGUCCUCAGGUCUUCUUCUGCUGCUGCGAAGGAAACUUCUGCAACGAGAGGUUCACACACCUGCCCGACGCCACGGGACCACCUCCGCCCCCCAGCGUCGGCGUGUUAAACGUGAUGAUUUACUGCCUGCUGCCCGUCACCAUGCUGUCAGUCACUCUGCUCACCGCCGUCUGGAUGUACCGACACCGGAAACCUCCGUACGGACACGUGGACAUCACUGAGGAUCCUGCUCCUCCUCCUGCCUCCCCCCUGCUGGGUCUCAAGCCCCUGCAGUUGCUGGAGGUGAAGGCCAGGGGGCGCUUCGGCUGCGUCUGGAAAGGCCAGAUGAUGAAUGAGUACGUGGCCGUCAAGAUCUUCCCCAUCCAGAAUAAGGAGUCGUGGCAGAACGAGAGAGACGUGUUCACUACACCAGGUAUGAGGCAUGAAAACAUCCUGAGGUACAUCGGCGCAGAGAAACGAGGGAGUCACCUGGAGGCCGAGCUGUGGCUCAUCAGCGAGUUCCACGAGAGGGGUUCUCUGUCGGACUUCCUGAAGGGGAACGUGGUCAGCUGGUCGGAGCUGUGUCACAUAGCCGAGUCGAUGGCGUGCGGCCUGGCCUACCUUCACGAAGACAUCCCCCGACAGAAAGGCGAGGGACCCAAACCAGCCAUCGCUCACAGGGAUUUUAAGAGUAAGAACAUCAUGUUACGUUCAGACCUCACAGCAGUGAUCGGUGACUUUGGUCUCGCCGUUCUCUUUGAGCCGGGGAAACCACCUGGAGAGACACAUGGACAGGUAGGGACCAGGCGUUACAUGGCUCCAGAGGUUUUAGAAGGAGCCAUCAACUUCCAGCGAGACGCCUUCCUCCGAAUCGACAUGUACGCCAUGGGGCUGGUGCUGUGGGAGCUGGUGUCCCGCUGCAAGGCUGUUGACGGUCCGGUGGAUGAGUACAUGCUGCCAUUUGAGGAGGAGGUCGGUCAGCACCCGUCACUGGAGGACCUGCAGGAGGUCGUCGUCCACAAGAAGAUGAGACCGGCCUUCAAAGACCUCUGGCUCAAACACAGCGGUCUGGCUCAGAUCUGUGAGACGGUGGACGAGUGCUGGGACCAUGACGCCGAGGCUCGUCUGUCGGCCGGCUGCGUGGAGGAGAGGAUCUCCCAGGUGCGCCGCCUCAACGCCACCAUCACCCCGCCUACCUCCGACCACCACGCCUUGCUGGUCUCCACGGUCGCUCCUGUUCCCAUGGUAACCAAUGUGGACCUGCCGCCCAAAGAGUCCAGUAUAUGA